AUGAAGGUUGUUCUUUUACUGGGCUGCUUUGUGGCACUUGUUUUGCUUACAAGUGCUCGAACCCUAGGCGAGAACAGCGAAGCUGAUCUUGAAUCUGCCGCCUCUCAUCAUCAUGAAAAAGGCGGUGGUAAAGAACACCACGCCCAUCAUCACCACGAUCAUGGUGAAAAGGGCCACAAGGGCUAUAAAGGACACCAUCAUCAUGAACACGGCAAAAAAGGCCAUCAUCACCAUGAAGGACAUAAAGGUCACCACGAAGAACAUGGAGGACAUAAAAAACACAACCACCAUGACGACGGCCACCAUCACGAACACCAUCACGGUGAGAAGGGUGAAAAAGGACACGGAUUUGAAGAGAAGGGGCAUUAUCACAAAGGACAUUCUACUAAAGGACAUCAUGGUAUACACAAAAUAGAUGAGUUUAAGAAAGAUAAACAUUUCCAUGACAAACACGGAGAGUCCGGAUACCAUGAAGGUCAUGGUGGGCACCAUCAUGAACAUGGUCAUAAAAAAGGUGGUCACUUUCACAAGGGUCAUAAGCAUCAUGGCCAUCAUGAGCACCACCACGGUAAAAAAGGCCACCAUGAGAAAGGCGGCCACCAUCAUGAACACAAAGGUCACCACGAUGAAGGCGGCCACCACGAGCAUCAUCACCAUCAUAGCGGCCAUGGCAAGAAAGGAGGUCACGAAGAUCACAAGCACUGGGGUUACAAAAAAGGACAUUAA